GUGAGCUGAGGCUUUAUUGUGACGGUGCGGCUCGGGCGGAGGGCGGAUGUCCGGUGUGUGUGGAGGCUCCUCCCGUCGUUAGCUCUGGUGCUGCUCUGUGCUCUGGAGCUCAGUGCUCUGUCCAUGGAGACAGCGCUGCCAGAGGCUGCUUGGGCCCGGGAUUAAGCUGCUUCUUGCGGGCUGUUGUGCGGGCACCGCAGCCCCCGUCGUGGAACCCGAAGGUCGGAGCCGGGACACAAACCCCAGAGCAGGACAUCGCCGCUCCAGAGCCGCCCCCUCCCCUGUAGCCUGUUAGCUUGUGGCUGAGUACAGUCAGUCUUAUAUUGUCUUGUUGAUGUACGUGACGAGACUCAGAUCUGGUUUUACACAGCAGCAGUUUGUCAGACUCGGUGUGAAGCCUGUGUGCGGGUGUCCGAGGUGAGCUCCGGGGCUUCUCUCGGUGUCGGACAGCUGCAAUGGCCGGAAACCCGCGGAGAGGCGCCGGACUGAUCGGGCUGAUGAAGGACGCCUUUCAGCCGCAGCAGCAGCCCCAGCAGCCGCACCAGCCCGCUGUGGUCGACAAGAAAAUGGUGGAGAAAUGCUGGAAGCUCAUGGACAAGGUGGUGCGUCUCUGUCAGAACCCUAAGGUGGCUCUAAAGAACAGCCCUCCGUACAUCCUGGACCUGCUGCCCGACACCUACCAACACCUACGCACCGUCCUGUCCCGCUAUGAGGGCAAGAUGGACGCCCUGGGGGACAAUGAGUACUUCCGUGUCUUCAUGGACAACUUGACCAACAAGACCAAGCAGACCAUGGGCCUGUUCAAAGAAGCCAAGGAGCGCAUGUACGAGGAGAACUCCCAGCCUAGGAGGAACUUGACCAAGCUGUCCCUGAUUUUUAGCCACAUGCUGGCUGAGCUCAAAGCCAUCUUCCCCAAUGGACUGUUCCAAGGAGACAACUUCAGGAUUACCAAGGCUGACGCUGCAGAGUUCUGGAGACGCUCCUUUGGGGACAAGACCAUCGUACCAUGGCGCAUGUUCCGCCAGGCGCUCCAUGAGUUCCACCCCAUUAGCUCGGGCCUGGAGGCUAUGGCCCUUAAGUCAACCAUUGACCUCACCUGUAAUGACUACAUCUCCGUGUUUGAGUUCGACAUCUUCACGAGACUCUUCCAGCCCUGGUCGUCCCUGCUGAGGAACUGGAACAGUCUGGCGGUUACUCACCCGGGGUACAUGGCCUUUCUGACCUACGAUGAGGUGAAGGCACGCCUGCACAGGUUUAUCCACAAGCCCGGCAGCUACAUCUUCAGACUGAGCUGCACGCGGCUUGGACAGUGGGCCAUCGGGUACGUGACCGCAGAUGGAAACAUCCUCCAGACCAUCCCCCACAACAAGCCCCUGUUCCAGGCUCUGAUCGAUGGCUACAGGGAGGGCUUUUACCUGUUUCCAGAUGGCCGUGCCCAGAACCCUGACCUGAGCGGGCUGUGUGAGCCGUCUCCUCAGGACCACAUCAAAGUCACUCAGGAGCAGUAUGAGCUGUAUUGUGAAAUGGGCUCCACCUUCCAGCUGUGCAAGAUCUGUGCAGAGAACGACAAGGACGUGAAGAUCGAGCCUUGCAGACACCUCAUGUGUACCUCUUGCCUCACUGCCUGGCAGGAGUCGGAGGGUCAAGGCUGCCCGUUCUGCCGCUGUGAGAUUAAAGGCACGGAGCCCAUCGUGGUGGACCCCUUCCACCCUAAGGCCAGCGGGGUUUCCUUUGGAGGUUUUCAAGGGGCAAGAGCAGAGGCUGCGGCAGCUAACGACGAGGAGGACGACGAGCGCCUGGAGGAGCAGAUCCUGGUCAUGAGCAGACUGGCCUGCUCCAAGGUGGAGCGGCCCCCCUCGCCUGUGUCCCAGCUGCCUCCUGUCCCGCCCAGGCUGGAUCUACUGCAACAGAGGCCUGGUGCUCAGGCAGCCACAGGAAAGAUGUCCGGCAGCCAUCGUGACAAGCCCCUGCCUGUGCCCCCAGCCCUCAGAGAGUUGCCUCCACCUCCCCCUCCAGAGCGCCCUGUCGCCGUGGGACAGCGGAGACCCUUACCCCUGACCCCAGACCAGCCUGCAUGGGCUGCCAACUACAUGAUCCCCCGCCCCGCCACGAAAGCUCUAAGCUCUGUGCCUCCUCCUCCCAUCAACGGCAACUCCAGCCCCCACUCAGCCACCAACGCAGUUUACUGUCUUUCUGCCAGCUCUCUGUCCAGUGCUGAACGAGCAGCCUUUGACUCUGAGGUGAAUGAGUACAUGAGCCCCAGCUCCCUCCCAGCUCCUGGGGGCCCCUGGUUCCUGGGCUCCAUGGUCCCUCCGGCCCCCAGUCAGAUCCAGUCAGCACCUGAGACCAGUGAGGGAGCAAACAGUGACACGGAGGAGCCUCAGGUCUAUGAGUCCAUGUCCAAUAUCCAGGAGCGUUCUGCUGCAGAGGACCUGCCCCUCUCAGAAUCCCUGUGUUCAGCAGUGCCCCAGGACAGACUGCAGGACUCUGGGCAUGAGGAUGUGUACGAGUACGCCAUCCCUCGGCCCGUGGCCCCUUUGACCCCUGUGGCUCCUCUGACCCCUCCUGUAGCCGCCUCCCGGAGGACUCUGGCAGAAUUAGACACACCUGACCCACUGCAGACCCCCCUGGCAGGAACAGAGGAGUUAGAGCGCCCACCCAGACCUCUUCCCAGACGGGUCAACUCUGAGUGUUGCCCCCCCCGCCCCGGAACCCCCUCUGGCCAGAGCCCCAGUCCAGCCCUCAACGGGGAGAUCGAGUGCCUGGUGUCCCAGGGCUACUCCCUUCAGGACGUGCAGAAGGCCCUGCUCAUCGCUCAGAACAACCUGGAGACUGCCAAGAACAUCCUGCGCGAGUUUGUGUCCAUCCCCAGCAGUGCCCAUGUGGCCACGUAACCCUCCACCUCCACGCCCCAGACCUGUGUCCCCAGACCUGUGUCCCCAGACCUGUGUCCCCAGACCUGUGUCCCCAGACCUGUGUCCCCAGACCUGUGUCCCCAGACCUGUGUCCCCAGACCUGUGCCCCCAGACCUGUGCCCCCAGACCUGUGCCCCCAGACCUGUGCCCCCAGACCUGUGCCCCCAGACCUGUGCCUUACCCAGAAUCACUCACCCAAACCUGCCCACAGCCUACAGCUUACACCAGGAAUUCUCCAACUGCUCUCACCAGGUAGUUUC